GUAGCGUAGUAUUCGAACCAUGCCAGAAUAGUUCUACAUCGGUAGGCCGGACCAGCAUAAUAUCUUCCGGGGUGUUAUGCCUAGAGAGGCGUAAUGAGAUAGAGAGCAACGGGGCCCCGGAAAAGGGGGAGGGGAGGGGCUCGCAUUGACACGUUAAGUUUCUACACUACACACAUGCAUAUAAUAUUGAGAAUAUUGGCUCUGGGUUAGCUAUUUCGGCAAUCUUUGUUGGGACACUGUCGUACUGACUAGGUAGCGGCUCUGCAGGUUACAAUCUUGCUGAUUACCUAUUUAUUAGACCAAAACAUCCAACAGUGAAACGUACAUCUACCAUACAUAUCUUACCAUACCACCACAUCACUUACUGCAUCGAGUAACUACCUUACCCCUUUAUUCCUUUUUUCCAAUCAUAUACGAAAAUAUUCUACACUAUGCCUGAAGUUGCCGAGGCCCAGAUCUUCCCUGUCCUGAAGGGCAAGGUUGCGAUUGUCACAGGCGCGGCCCAGGGGAUGGGCAGGGCCACGACCGAAGUCUUUCUCAAAGCCGGUGCCAAGGUCGUCAUGUGUGACAUCAAAGAGGACCAAGGGCAGAAAGUCGCCGAGGAGCUCUCGAAACUCGGCGAGGUCAUCUUCGUCAAGGCCGAUAUUUCCAAGGGGGCCGAAGUGCGGCAACUCGUCGAGAAGACCGUGGCCAAGUUUGGCAAGCUCGAUGCCGCGGUUAACAACGCGGCCAUGACUCCUGACAACACGCCACUCAUCGACUUCGACGAAACUUACUGGAGCAAGCUGACUGACAUUAACCUGACCGGCACGGCCCUGUGCUGCAAGUACCAGAUGCAGCAGAUGAUCAAGCAGGGCGGAGGAGGCUCCAUUGUCAACAUUGCCUCGAUCAACGCUUUCAGGCCUCAGCCUAACAUGCCCGCCUACACGUCCUGCAAGCAUGCUCUAAUCGGCCUCACCAAGCACGCAGCAACCGAGGGCGGCCCCCAUGGCAUCAGGAUCAACGCCAUUGCUCCUGGCGCGAUCUACUCCGAGAUGUCUGCAGCCGCACUCGUAACGAUGGGCCUGACAGAAGCUGAAUUCACUCCCCAGGUCAGCACCCUGAACCGAUUCGGCAUGCCGCACGAGGUUGCGCAGGGAUCGCUCUGGCUCUCGUCUGACGCCUCAUCUUACGUGACUGGGGUUUGCCUACCAGUCGACGGAGGGUUUCUGGCGAAGUGAGGGGGUGGAGCGAACGAUGAGCCCGAGCCCGAGCCUGGGACUGUCAGUGUCAACCCAUUAAAGUGCUUAUUUCCAUGCCUAGUGUAUGCAGCAGCCCUUGAUAACUAGAUACUAUGUAGAUAGAUAUUGAAAAAAGGUGGGCUUGAGUGUCACAGAUUAGAUAUAUCAUAUUUACAAUGGAUCAGAAUUGCAGCUCUCAA